AAAAGUAAACAGAGGAGCUGUCAGUGGAUCCAGAAAUUAAGAUAAUUGCGACUAAACGGAGCGAUUUUUUAAACACAUUUUGCUUUUUAUGCACACUAAGGAAUAUUUUUUAUGAGGAGCUGUUUCAAAGUCUAAUAAAGGUCUCACGGGGACAGGAGUGACACUGUCCUACAAUGUUCACAGACAUGGACUACGAAUUGGAGGAGGACAAGCUAGGGAUACCAACUGUUCCUGGUACUGUGUGUCUGAAGAAAGACGCUAAUAACCUUAUUGGGAUCAGCAUCGGCGGUGGGGCACAGUACUGUCCUUGUCUCUACAUUGUCCAGGUCUUUGAUAACACCCCAGCAGCUCUGGAUGGGACACUGGCGGCAGGUGAUGAGAUCACAGGCGUGAAUGGGAAACCAGUGAAGGGAAAGACCAAAGUAGAGGUGGCCAAGAUGAUUCAAGCUGUACAGGGAGAAGCAGUAAUCCACUACAACAAACUGCAGGCAGACCCCAAACAGGGGAAGUCUCUGGAUAUAGUGCUGAAAAAAGUCAAACAUCGGCUUGUGGAGAAUAUGAGCUCAGGCACAGCAGAUGCUCUUGGACUCAGCAGAGCUAUUCUAUGUAACGAUGGGCUGGUAAAAAGACUGGAAGAGCUGGAGAAGACAGCAGAGCUCUACAAAGGGCUGAUGGAGCACACUAAGAGACUGCUCAGAGCUUUCUUUGAGCUUUCUCAGACUCACAGAGCGUUUGGCGAUGUUUUUUCUGUAAUCGGGGUGAGAGAGCCGCAGGCUGCUGCCAGCGAAGCCUUUGUGAAGUUUGCUGAUGCUCACCGCAGCAUUGAGAAAUACGGUAUUCAGCUGUUAAAGACCAUCAAACCUAUGCUCCACGAUCUGAACACGUACCUUCACAAGGCCAUACCAGACACAAAGCUCACCAUCCGCAAGUACCUUGAUGUCAAGUUUGAAUAUUUGUCGUACUGCCUGAAGGUGAAGGAGAUGGAUGAUGAAGAGUACAGCAGUAUUGCCAUGGGAGAACCCCUGUACCGUGUCAGCACUGGUAACUAUGAGUACCGUUUGGUGCUGCGGUGUCGGCAGGAGGCUCGCGCCCGUUUCGCCAAAAUGAGGAAGGACGUUCUGGAGAAGAUAGAGCUGCUGGAUCAGAAACAUGUCCAAGACAUCGUGUUCCAGCUGCAGCGCUUCGUCUCAGGCAUGUCACAUUACUACGACGAGUGCUAUGCCGUCCUGAAGGAGGCGGAUGUCUUCCCCAUCGAAGUGGACCUCUCCCGCACCAUGAUCAACUACGGCAGCCAGUCCUUCUCCUACACUGGAGAUGAGGAGGAAGAAGAAGAGGGAGGAGGCGGAGAGGAAGGAGGGAGCAGCGCAGGGAGACAAGCAGAGAAUGGCGCUGAGAAACUAAUCGACGACGAAUGAGAGUGAAUGAAUGUGUGUGUGUGUGUGUGUGUGUGUGUGUGUGUAUGUGUGUGUGUGUGUUUGGUGUUCUCGAGGAGAUGAAGUCCACCCCUCUGACAUAACUGUUCUUCACUUGCAUCUAAUGUCAAUGCACUCACCAAGCAGCGAUCCUUGCAGUGGAGUAUAGCAGUUUAAAUGGAUAACACUAUCGUCACAAAGGUGAAUACUACUGAAAAUUGCUGCUAUGAUAUAACGCUGUAAGUAGGUCUGUUGGUGGUGUUUUCUUUGUGGGAUCUUCUCAAUUCAACAGCUCUGUGAUUACUUUACAAUAACAACUGUCAGCCUAAAAGACUUCCUGCUUCUUGAUGUGACCGUCCUCCACACGUAAGCUCAUUGCUUAAUGACUGUGAGAGAGACACGACUAACAGAAGGUAAUUUUAUUUAAAUCUAAAUGCUAUGGAGGAGUUUUAAUGUGACAGAGUAGGAUUUAUAUGCAUAUGAGGUGUGCUUUCUUAGUUCCUUAUGAAGUGAAAUGGGUCAGGGCUGCGUGUCAGUGUGCAUAUUGUGGAUUGUUGAACUUAUAUCUUUAUACUUACAUUUUUAUUUUGUAAUUUUCUUUGCUAAAAACGUAAUAUUUUGGAUUCAUUUGGCUACCCUAAAAUGAUAUUCUGUGGUUGAUAUUUAAAGGUCCAGUGUGUAGGAUUUAGGGGGGAUGUAUUGGCACAGAUGGAAUUCAAUAUAAUAAGCAUGUUUUCAGUAGUGUAUGAUCACUUAAAAUAAGAAUUGCUUUGCUUUCGUUACCUGAAUGAGCCGUUUAUAUCUACACUGGAAGCACGUCCUCGUCUACAGAGAUCGCUUUGUUGCUACAGUAGCCCAGGACGGACAAACCAAACACUGGCAUCAGAUAGACGUUAUGCGUGUUUUUAUAUCGGCCACCAUAGUAAGCAGCUCCUUCAUGACAAGAGCAGAAACACACUUAUUUCUUUUAACCUGAAACUCCUUUAUUAAGUGGUUUUGCCGGUUUAAAUCGCCUAGUUUGGGUUUUUUUUUUGGGAGAGGAAGAGACCUCUGUGGAUAAUUCAACUCCUGGUAAAAAACCUCCUGAACAUCUAGAUCUUAAGUUAUCAGAGAAAAAAGUUGUGUACACAUUAGCAGGUGCUGGUCUGCGUUGUGACCAGCAGCAUAGAGAAACAAUGAUUUGUAAUAUGAAGGUGCUUUUAUCAGUGUUUUCACUGGUUUAAAUCAACAGGUCCAUUUGUUUUGUUGAACAUGAGACCUCUGUGGAUAAUUCGGUUCCCGGUAAAAACCUCCAGAACAAUUAACACUGAAGGAAUUCUAACCGGGAGAAGUUUCAGCUGGUUGUAAUCUGUACUCCUCCCUGCUAGAUCCCUCUAAAUCCUACACACUGUUCCUUUUAAAAUGACUUUUCUUCUUAGCUUAACAAACAAAUGGCAGAUGCCACUAAAGAUGAAGAUGAGGACUGAUGCAGAAAUAAUUCUGCUCCUACAUGAAGAGUUUGUUACGUGCAGCUGUUACAUUCCUUUGUUUUUUUCCUCCUCCUUCUGAGCACAUUUUGAGUUGAUUGACAAAAGGAGAGACUGCAUCUGUCACAGUCUGAAAAGCUUCACAACCAAAGUCUUUUUUUUUUUUUUAAUGUCAUACAGUCUGUUUCAGCUACUCAUACAUGCCCACAGUGACAUGUUUUUACAUUCCAGCAGCACCCUGCAGUGAACACUGAGCUUUACUACUGUGGAAAUUGAAUUUUAAAAAAUGCAAACAUACAGUUCAUAUAAAUAAAUAUAUACAAAGGGAAAGGGUGUAAUAACUUUCUUGUCAUUUCCACUUUAUUCUAUUUGUGAAGGUAUAUUCAGAAGAUUUGAUGAGAGAAAUUGAUUCUAUAUUUUAGUGGAUAUAAUUCUACACCUCUGUUUUUUUUUUUGUUUGUUUGUUUUUUUUAAGAUUUACCGCUGUCAAACACUUGGGGGCAACAUCACACCAGAUAACCCUGUCCAGCAGCCAGCAAUGAGUGCACGGUGUUGAAUUAAAAAAACAUUUUAUUUGUG